CGGAAGGAUCGUGAGAACCUCUAGUGCCAAGUUGCCCCAGGGAAUCCCUAAGGAGGUACGGAGCACUCAGAGGCAACAGUGCAUCGCGACAUAUAUUGCCAGCGUAGAAGACGUGCAAAAUGGCCAUGAUGGCGAGGACCAGGACCAAAAGGAGGUUUCCUACACAGGAUCACCACAACGUUCACUCAUCACCGCUUCAAGCACGCUACAAUGCUUCCCAUGGCUUCUCGUGCCGUCAAUCUGACGCUGCUGUUCUCGGCGCAGCUGUCCCCGAACGCCCGCAUCAUCAUGCGGGACGAUCAGCAGUGGGAAACCUUGGUCGAGCAACGAUGGACCGUAUUCGCUCCACCCACCUACCUCGGUGCCAUAAUCCCCGCCACAGAACAAGAUGUUGCCACCAUAGUCCAAGUUGCGAGCGCCAAUGAUAUCCCCUUCAUGGCCACGGGAGGCGGCCACGGCGCAUCUGUGACUUCCGGAACGCUUUACAAUGGUAUCGAGUUGGACCUGAGCAACUUCAAAAGUGUGGAGGUGGAUGUCGCCAACAGCCAGGUUACAAUUGGCGGGUCGACCACCUUUCAGCAGCUGUAUGAGCCUCUCUACGCCGCUGGGAAGGAGAUCCCCACAGCAUCAGGGCCAUGUGUCGGAGUGGUGGGCGCGACCCUUGGGGGUGGUGUCACCCGCAUGGAGGGCAUCCACGGCAUGCUACUCGACUCUUUGUUGUCCGUAAAUCUCGUCACGGCAUCCGGUGACCUGAUCACCGUCUCCGCAACGGAGAACUCGGACUUGUUCUGGGCCAUCCGUGGCGCCGGGUCCAGCUUCGGUAUCGUCACAUCGGCCACCUACAAAGUGUACGACCUGACCAACGACGGGCAAGUAUUCAACGCGGACUUCGAAUUUGCUGCCGCCCAGAACAAGAGUGUCUUCGAGGCUCUUGCAUCCUAUAAUGAUGACAUGCCAGCCAAUCUUGCCAUUGUCCAGAGUGUGUCAAUCAACUCGACUAUUAGAGCCCCAUCCAUCACCAUCAGCACGGUGUUCUAUGGUCCAAAAGAUGAGGGUCUAGCCGCCAUCGCCCCCUUCCUCGCCAUCCCCAACAUCAGGAGCAAUAUUUCAGUCGUUCCCUGGAAUGUGCUCCCCAGCGUCACCGGCUUCGGUACCGAAUCAGCGACUUGCGUGAAAAACCUCCGACUCGAAUUCUACGGCCAAAGUCUACGCAUCGUCAAUGCUGAUACCUUCGGCACAAUCUUCAACCAGCUGGGUGACCUGUACACGCAGAACCUCGGCGCGAACCCUGCAUGGACGGUGCAGAGAUUUUCUAACGCCGGCUCCCUUCUUACAUCGGACGAUCAGACAGCGUACCCCUACCGCAACUUACAAGCUCACGUAUUCAUGUACGCCGUCAUAGCUGACUCGACCCUUGACUCGACCAUGACUUCCUUCUUGGAGAAUGCACGCGACGAGCUCAACGCCACGAGUGGAAACACGCAGCUUUCUGUGUAUGUCAACUAUGCGCACGGCGACGAAGGAGCCGAGGCAUGGUACUCUUCGCGGAAACUCUCGCAGCUUAAGACAUUGAAAAAGAAAUGGGAUCCCGAGGGCUUGUUCAAUUUCACCAAUCCCGUGCCUCUCAUUUAGGGACAUUGUGACACUCGAGCAGGACCUCGCCAGGUCCGAGAAUUUGCACUUGGCAGUCUGCCUGUACGCUAGUGCCUAGGUAGCUUCAAAUUAGUGGAAUUGUCACUUUGUUGCAUCUGCUGUUCAGCAGCGCAUUA